UUUGAGUGCCUGCUGAUGGAAGGAGUCUGUCGCGUCCUGUCCCUCCGGGACUACAAGUCCCAAGGUGCUCGAGGUGACCCCGGCUCCCCCUCCCCUCCGGACCCGCCUCCCUCCAGUUCCAGUCACGUCGUCUAACCUGUUCCAGGCGCCUGCCCCGCCCCGUCCUCCGCUGCUCCCCGGAGCCGGAGCCGGAGCCGGAGGGAGCCCCCCCGGUGCCAGGACCUGUCCCGGACCCGUGCCCCGCUCCGGCCGGCACCAUGGACAGCGAGGCUUUCCAGAGCGCGCGGGACCUUUUCGACCUCAACUUUCAAUCCCUGGCCAUGAAGCACAUGGACCUGAAGCAGAUGGAGCUGGACACGGCGGCGGCCAAAGUGGACGAGCUCACCAAGCAACUGGAGUCGCUCUGGUCCGACUCGCCAGCGCCCCCUGGCUCGCAGGCCGGAGCCGCGCCUCGGCUGCCCCGGUACAGCUCCAGCCCAGUCUCGGAGCUCUUCAGCAACCGCGGGUCCCCCAGGAAGACGGCCCCCGACGGCGCGGAAGGCCCCUUCGGACGCUCCGAGAGCUCCCCGGCCCUGCACCCCUACAGCCCGCUGUCCCCCAAGGGCCGGCCGUCGUCCCCACGCGCGCCGCUCUACCUGCAGCCCGACCCUUACGGCAGCCUGGACCGCGCGCCCUCCCCGCGGCCCCGCACCUUCGACGGCGCGGGCGGCUCCCUCGGCCGGGCGCCCUCCCCGCGGCCCGGAGCCGGCCCGCUGCGCCAGCAGGGCCCCCCCGCGCCCUUCGACUUCCUGGGCCGCGCCGGCUCCCCCCGAGGGAGCCCCCUGGCCGAGGGACCCCAGGCCUUCUUCCCUGAGCGCGGGCCCUCGCCGCGCCCCCCAGCCACCGCCUACGACGCGCCCCCGGCCGCCUUCGGGAGCCCCCUGCUGGGCGCGGGCGGUAGCGCCUUCGCCCCGCCUCUGCGCGCUCAAGACGACCUGACACUGCGCCGGCGGCCCCCCAAAGCCUGGAACGAGUCCGAUCUGGACGUGGCGUACGAGAAGAAGUCUUCCCAGACGGCGAGCUAUGAGCGUCUGGAUGUCUUUACUCGGCCGGCCUCGCCGGGUCUGCAGCUGUUACCUUGGAGAGAAAGCAGCCUGGACGGGCUGGGGGCCCCUGGCAAGGACCUCACCAGCGCCACUCUGCCCCGAAAUUACAAGGUUUCCCCUCUGGCCAGCGACAGGCGCUCGGAUGUGGGCAGUUACCGCCGAUCGCUGGGCUCGGCGGGGCCAUCGGGCACGCUGCCCCGUAGCUGGCAACCCGUCAGCCGAAUUCCCAUGCCCCCUUCCAGCCCCCAGCCCCGCGGCGCCCCCCGCCAGCGCCCCCUCCCCCUCAGCAUGAUAUUCAAGCUGCAGAACGCCUUCUGGGAGCACGGGGGCAGCCGGGCCAUGUUCCCUGGCUCCCCCAUCUUCUCCCGGCUGCCCCCCCCAAAACUGCCUCUCCAGCCCCAAGCCCCCUCCCAGCCCCAGCUGCCCCCUCAGCCCCAACCACAGCCCCAGCCUCAGCCUCAGCCUCAGCCUCCAGCCCCAGCCCCACAGCCACCCCAGCAGACCUGGCUCCCUACAAGCACCAGCGAAGCGCCCCCCAAGCCCCCGCCAGAGCUGGAGCCGGAGCCGGAGCUGGAGGGGCUGCUGACGCCCGCGCUGGAGGCGGGCGAGGGGGACGAGGCGGUCACGCGGCCCCUCAGCCCCACGCGGCUGCAGCCGGCACUGCCCCCCGAGGCCCAGUCGGUGCCCGAGCUGGAGGAGGUGGCGCGGGUGCUGGCGGAGAUCCCCCGGCCGCUCAAGCGCCGCGGCUCCAUGGAGCAGAGCCCGGCGGUGGCGCUGCCGCCCACGCACAAGAAGCAGUACCAGCAGAUCAUCAGCCGCCUCUUCCACCGCCACGGCGGGCCCGGGGCGCCGGAGCCCGACCUCACGCCCAUCACCGAAGGGGCCGAGGCCCGGGCGGGACCCCCAGCUCCGGCCCCCCCUGUUCCCAUCCCACAGCCGGCGCCGCAGCACAGCAGCCCCCAGGAGCAGCCGCAGAGCCAGGAGAUGCGCUCGGUGCUGCGGAAGGCGGGUUCCCCGCGCAAGGCUCGGCGCGCGCGCCUGAACCCAUUGGUGCUGCUGCUGGAUGCGGCGCUGACCGGGGAGCUGGACGUGGUGCAGCAGGCGGUGAAGGAGAUGAACGACCCAAGCCAGCCCAACGAGGAGGGCAUCACCGCCCUGCACAACGCCAUCUGCGGCGCCAACUACCCGAUCGUCGACUUCCUCAUCGCGGCGGGUGCCAACGUCAAUUCCCCCGACAGCCACGGCUGGACCCCGCUGCACUGCGCCGCGUCGUGCAACGACACGGCCAUCUGCACGGCCCUGGUGCAGCACGGCGCGGCCAUCUUCGCCACCACCCUCAGCGACGGAGCCACCGCCAUCGAGAAGUGCGACCCCUACCGCGAGGGCUACGCAGAUUGCGCCACUUACCUGGCAGACGUGGAGCAGAGCAUGGGGCUCAUGCACAACGGGGCGGUGUAUGCCCUGUGGGACUACAGCGCCGAGUUCGGGGACGAGCUGUCCUUCCGCGAGGGCGAGUCGGUCACCGUGCUGCGGAGGGACGGGCCGGAGGAGACAGACUGGUGGUGGGCCUCCCUGCAUGGCCAGGAGGGCUACGUGCCCCGCAACUACUUUGGGCUGUUCCCCAGAGUGAAGGCCCCAAGGAGUAAGGUGUAAGCAGAGAGAACCGUUUCCAGCGGAGACAGGAGGAAGCAGCCUGGCGUAUCACUGAUGCUCCAGGGGCUGCCGCGCCUCCCUGCACCCCAACCCGCCACAGGGCUGGGUCCUGGCCGCCUGCUCCCUGCGCCCACAGAGGUUCUGAGGAGGAGAACCGCAGCCUAAAAUUUAGGAACCUGCCUUAGUCGUGGGGGAUAUUGGAGGUGCGGGGAAUCGUGGGGAUGGGGGCAGAAGACUCCCUUCUCCCGUUUGCCAAUCAAAUCCCAACCUAAGUGCCUCCCACUCAUAUUGACAACCCCUUCCUGACCCCCCCUCUGCCAAAUUCUCCCCACCCCAGCCAGCUAGUCCCCAACCUCCCAGCCAAGCCUGGUAGGGAGGGGAGGGGUGGGAGUAUAUUCAUCUCUUCCUGGAGGGCUCGGUCCCCACCUCCAGCCAAUCAGUGUGCCUUCAUGUCGUGCUGAUUUUGUAACAAAAUGCAACUUUUUCUUUAUAAAUAAAGGUAGUUUGC